UCAAAAACGUUUACACUCGAGAUUGCACGGGAAUUUAUCGCAAGCUACACUGUAUUAUGGUCAUGUUGGCUGAGUUUUUUUUACAGUGAUUCGAAGGGAAGAUUUACUAAACUUCUUUUGCUUUUACUGUUCACAAGCUGUUCGAAGUGAAAGGAUGGAAGGAAUUUGGAUCUCUUUUGUUUAAUAAAAUAAACAAAUUUACAUAUGAUACCAGCUCGAAAAUUGUUUAUAGUGAAAUUUAUCACACAUUUGAUUGUCAUUAUAUAAAUUUAAUCUAGUGGCUUAGAAGCUUAGAAGAAUACUUUUAAUGUGCAAUGAAAAGAGGGUUAAAAGCUCAGCAUUGACAUUUUAUAUAUCAUGGAAAGAAGAAGCACAGCAUUGACUGCGUCGUUCUUAUUCACUCUACCAUUACAUUGCAAUCCUGUGAAUCAAUAGGGCAUAUACACGGACAGGAAUGAGCUUUAGGUUGCAAAAUGUAUGGUUUGGGCUUGAAAUGGAAGAUGUUUCUUUGUUCCAUAGUGGCGUGCUUUAUCUUUUCAAUACCGGUUUACAGAUUGUACUCAAAUGAGCAGACAUACCUUGAUAGCGACUGGUCCAGUCAGCUUCCUCUGCACUUUGACAUUGAUGAUAUCACUAAAAAAGGAACCGGAGAAAAGAUUACAGUUCUGGCAAAAGUCAUCCACAGCGCAAAAAAACACGUCAGAGGGUCGAAAACGUCACAAUAUUUACGUGAGGCUGUAUCCAUCAUAAAUAGUAUACUUACAGACAUAAUUGUGGACUCAGAGAAUGUGUAUAAAAGAUUUAACAAGAAAUCAUCACAUAUUUGUUCAGAAACUUUUAAAGGUGGUAAUUUUGGUUUCCCUAUGUAUUAUAAAGGAUUUGAGACCGACAGCUGCGAUUAUGGCGUAUCAGUUUCCAGUCUUGUAACUGUAAUUAAAUAUAUUAUUGUAAAACCAAAUGAUGUAGAAUCUAAAGGGAUUGAAAUUGAUCAGUUUUUAUCAUCUUUAUAUGACACCAUGAACAAUGUUAGAACUUUGAUAGCAGUGAAUGCUGCUACGUUUCCAAAUGAAAAGAAAACGAAAUAUCCCUUGGUAAAAAUAAUUCAGUCAAAUGAUAAGUCAGAGGGAGCAGCCCUUAACAAAUUAAUAAAAGAAGUAAAGACACCGUAUGUUUUUGUUGCAAGGAAUAUAAAUUUCAUAACAAAUGAUUCUAGAUUAGAACGACUGGUUAGAGAAAUAGAAAGUUUGAAUGUGGUUGCUGCAGGUGGCUCCAUUCGUGAUUUGAAUGGACAUUGGAAAAAGGGUUGUUUUCAGUCUGUUUAUCGAAAUUACACUUUGAAAUAUAUUGAAGGUUAUGACGAGUCUUUUCACGAGUGUGUGUUUUGUGAUUAUAUACAGGGACCUUUUGUUACAACUACCAGUUACUUGAAACAAAAUGUAUUUCAAGAGUUUGACGAAAGCAAUGGGUUAUACGAGGACUGGUUUCUCCGAUUAUUUCAAAAAGGAAAGGAAACGGUUGUGUGUCCGGACGCAAUGUUUAAUGUUGAUAAUCGAACUGCACAGUCAGAUUCAAACUGGACAAAUUUUGCGCAAAAAUGGAAUCUAUUCAAAGUUAAAACACCAAAAGGUUAUACAUUUACUCGAAGUUGUGAGAAACAGGAAACUUCAAGUAGGCCCUCGCAAUCACUGUCGCCGUGUGCUUUGCAGAAAAUGAGUAAUGGCGUAAAGACUAUAAUGCGAAUAUGUGAGGAAACCGGUGUCAUAUGCGAGUUGCAAGAAGGCACUUCGUUAGGUGCUGUAAAGUUUGGAAAAGUUCUUCCGUGGGACUUGGACUUUGACAUAAGAUUUCUUGCGACAAACUGUUCGAAAUGCAUGCAGCUUGAAAGUGCUUUCAAAAAGACAGCAGAUUUAAAAGUUGAUAGUUUUUCAUCGUCUUGUUGCAAUAAGAAACUUAAAUUUGGCGAGAGAGAUAAUUUUGCCAUUCAUUACCAAGGUUACGGUGGUGAUUUUACCGGGCACCCUGUCAUGGACAGUGAUAUCCUUAGCAAAGCCGGUUUAGCACCUACUAAAAUACUGUUUGAUGGACAAUGGGUAAAUGUUCCUAGAAAUCCUGGACUGUUCAUGAGAAAUAGAUACGGCAAAGAGUUAUAUCAACAUGCUGAACACUGGAGGUAUAGUGGAGGUGGAGUAAAAAACCACAGACUUAACUACACAACUAAUCUAUUUAUUUCAUGCAAACAACAAAGUAGCCACGAUUGUUUGGAUAGAUAUAACGCCGAUGGCGACUUGCCCUUCGAAGAAACACCUCCUCCAUAAUGCUUACUUAAGUGUUAUAUACGAUAAUAAAGCACAAUGGCUUUU